AUGGCUAACUUGGCAAGUUAUAAUGAGAAGCGGACGUUAGUCGAGGUCAUCGGUGAGACCAUUGCGCCAAUCCAUAGCGCUCGCUCUGAAGAAGGGGCUGCCAUUAAUGAGAAUCUUCGAAAUGAAGCUCAAUUGGUUAGCUCUAAAGAUAAUGUAAUCACAGAAGAUGGUGAGAUUGUUCUUGGUCAGUCUUCUCUUAAUGACGAAGAGCUGAAAAAGAAUAUCUUCCAAGAUCCUGAAAUUGCUGACUAUUACCGCAAGUUAUAUGCCAAUUCACAAUAUGAAGGAAGACACCAUUUUGACCCUGAGUUGGAAUGGACUGCAAAAGAAGAAAAGGCCAUUCUAUGGAAGCUAGAAUGGCGUGUUACGCUAUGGGCUUGUAUUAUGUUUAUUGGUCUGCAAAUUGAUAGAGGUAAUCUUGUCCAGGCUACUUCUGAUAAUAUGCUUAAAGACUUGAAUCUUACAACCAAUCAGUACAAUUAUGGAAAUACUAUCUUCUAUGUUUGUUUCUUGAGUGCCGAACUGCCAUCUCAAUUGGUGUCAAAGAUGCUUGGUCCUGAUAGAUUUAUUCCUCUACAAAUGGUCCUAUGGUCAAUUGUUGCCAUGUCUCAAGCUGCUUUAAAGGGAAAGAACAGUUUCUACGCUACCAGAGCUUUAUUGGGAAUUCUAGAAGGUGGUUUUAUUCCUGAUAUUGUUCUGUGGCUUUCUUUCUUUUACACCAGUAAGGAGCUUCCCAUUAGACUGUCGUUCUUCUGGACUGCACUUUCUGUUACUACCAUUAUCACAUCCAUCAUGGCUUAUGGAUUGCUUCGUUUAAGAGGUGUUUGUGGAAUGCCUGGUUGGGCCUGGCUCUUCCUUAUUGAAGGUUUGAUCACUCUAUUGAUUGGCCUCGCUUCAUUUUUCAUGAUGCCUGCUUCUGCUGUUCAGACCAAGACUUGGUUUAGAAAGAAGGGUUGGUUCACUGAGAGAGAAGAGAAGAUUGUUGUCAACAGAGUUCUUAGAGAUGAUCCUAGUAAAGGUGAUAUGCACAACCGUCAAGCCAUUACUCCUAAGCUUCUAUGGGAGAGUUUGAAGGAUUACGAUUUGUUCCCUAUUUAUAUGCUUGGUUUGAUUGCUUAUAUUCCUGCCACUCCUCAAUCUUUCUACAUCAGUUUGAUGCUUAAGAGUCUUGGUUUCAGCACUUUCAACACCAAUCUUCUCGCAAUACCUUACAAUGUCAUUCAUAUCAUUAUGCUUCUUCUUGUUACCAAGGCAAGUGAUAUUUUCAAUGAUAAAUUCCUGGUGGCUGUUGCUCAACCAUUGUGGCUCUUACCACUCCUUGUUGCAAUGAGAUGGUGGCCUGGAGCUCAGCAAGAUGCAUGGGCAACCUGGGCAAUUGUCACUUUGCUUUUGGGUUAUCCAUAUAUCCAUGCUAUUUUGGUGGCUCUUUGUUCGAGAAACUCCAACACUGUUAGAACCAGAUCUGUUAGUGCUGCUACUUACAAUAUGUUUGUGCAGGCCGGUAACAUUAUUUCAUCGAACAUUUACAGAACUGAUGACGCUCCAUUAUAUAAGAGAGGUAAUAUGCAACUUUUCUGGAUUAAUAUCGGCGUCCUCGGUCUACUGUUAUUCAGUAAAGCAUAUUACAUGUGGAGGAAUCAUAGCAGGGAAAAGAUUUGGAGUAAGAUGACCAAAGAGGAAAAGUUUAACUACUUGGCCACUACAACCGACAAAGGAAAUAAACGAUUGGAUUUCCGAUUUGCUCAUUAG